AUGAGAGGUAGAUCAGAAGGAGGGCAAAAGAAACGAGUGAUCGCUUUCGUUUGCUUUGUAGCGCUAGUCCUCGUGAUCGUAUAUCUGUUCUACGGCUCUUCUGAUCAUAGAGCAUCAGCUAUUGAAUACGGUAGAAAACUAGGAUUAAAUGGAAAUGAUGAUGAUACCACCAAAAAGGACGACACUUCCAGCUCCUCGUUUGUUCUUGCUGAUGGUUUCACGCCGAGAAGCUUCCCCGUGUGUGAUGAUCGGCAUUCAGAGCUUAUUCCUUGCUUAGACAGGAACCUCAUAUACCAAAUGAGACUGAAGCUUGAUUUGUCGUUGAUGGAGCAUUACGAACGCCAUUGUCCUCCUCACGAAAGACGAUUCAACUGCUUGAUUCCUCCUCCCAAUGGAUAUAAGGUUCCAAUAAAAUGGCCAAAGAGCAGAGACGAAGUGUGGAAAGUGAACAUACCUCACACUCACCUCGCACAAGAGAAGUCUGACCAAAACUGGAUGGUGGUCAAAGGAGACAAAAUCAAUUUCCCUGGUGGUGGCACACAUUUUCACUACGGUGCUGAUAAGUACAUUGCAUCCAUGGCAAACAUGCUUAACUUUCCGAACAACGUUUUGAACAACGGAGGAAAGCUAAGGACAGUGUUCGACGUUGGUUGCGGUGUUGCUAGCUUCGGAGGUUACCUUCUAUCAUCAGAUAUCUUGGCAAUGUCUUUAGCUCCAAACGAUGUGCAUCAGAACCAAAUCCAGUUCGCUCUCGAGAGAGGCAUCCCUGCUUCUCUCGGUGUUCUAGGGACGAAGCGGCUUCCAUACCCGAGCAGGUCGUUCGAGCUCGCUCACUGUUCUCGUUGCAGGAUCGACUGGCUUCAGAGAGACGGCAUCCUUCUUCUCGAGCUAGACAGAGUGCUCAGACCUGGCGGCUACUUCGCGUAUUCGUCUCCGGAGGCGUACGCGCAAGACGAAGAGGAUCUCAAAAUCUGGAGAGAGAUGAGUGCUCUUGUGGAGCGUAUGUGUUGGAAGAUUGCUGCGAAGAGGAACCAGACUGUUAUUUGGGAGAAGCCUUUGACGAAUGAUUGUUAUCUUGAAAGAGAAGAUGGAACUCAGCCUCCUAUGUGUCGCUCUGAUAAUGAUCCUGAUUCUGUUUGGGGUGUUAACAUGGAAGCUUGCAUUACUCCUUACUCUGAACAUGAUCAUAAAACCAAGGGGAGUGGAUUAGCUCCAUGGCCGGCUCGGUUAACCUCUCCUCCACCUAGGCUUGCUGAUUUUGGUUACUCAAAUGGCAUGUUUGAGAAGGACACGGAACUUUGGAGGCAGAGAGUGGAUAGUUAUUGGGAUCUCUUGAAUCCUAGAAUGGAGUCAGAUACAGUGAGGAACAUAAUGGACAUGAAAGCAAGCAUGGGCUCAUUUGCUGCUGCGCUGAAAGAAAAAGAUGUGUGGGUCAUGAAUGUUGUCCCUGAGGACGGACCUAACACGCUGAAACUGAUAUACGACAGAGGUUUAAUGGGCGCUGUACAUAGCUGGUGUGAAGCAUUUUCGACAUAUCCAAGGACCUAUGAUCUUCUCCAUGCUUGGGACGUUCUGUCGGAUAUGAGUAAGAAAGGGUGUAGUGAAGUGGAUUUGUUGCUGGAGAUGGAUCGGAUACUGAGGCCGAGCGGGUUUGUGAUCAUAAGGGAUAAACAGAGAGUUGUGGAUUUGGUGAAGAAGUAUCUAAAGGCAUUGCAUUGGGAGGAAGUAGGGACAAAGGUAGAUAGAGAUUCAGAUCAAGAUUCGGAUAACGUUGUGUUCAUUGUCCAGAAGAAGCUUUGGUUGACUAGUGGGAGCCUUGGAGAUAUUGAGUGA